AUGUUCCUCUUCUCCCGCAAGACCAAGACCCCCAUCAGCACCUACAGUGACUCCUACAGGGCUCCUACCUCUAUCAAGGAGGUCUAUAAAGACCCACCUCUGUGGGCCUGGGAAGCCAACAAGUUUGUGACGCCGGGCCUGACUCAGACCAUGCAGCACCACGUGGAUCCUGAAGCCCUGCAGAAGAUGGUCAAAUGUGCCAUGCAGGACUACAGCUAUAAGGGUUCCAUACCAGGCCACCCCUACUUUCCUGAGAAAUACUGGCUCUGUCAAGAGGAAGACAAAUGGACCCCAUACUACCUAUGUGAUGACCGGUAUAACACAUGGAGGAUGGGACCUUACAACUGCACCGGCUGGAACAAAUAUACCACAUGCCUUCCCCGGCUACCUAAGGAGACAGGGGAGCCCAGGAGUGGAGCUGUGUGAACAGCUCCCAGAUCCCCCGG